UAUUAUUUAAUAAAAUAAAAUUUAAAUGCAAUAAAAUGUAAAUUGUAAUAAGUGCCAAAGCUGAAAUACUUAAUUUAAUGCUAAAAGUGGCGAUAAAUAUUGAAGUGACAUAGAAAUAUUAACACUUCUGACAUUUGAGACGUGUUCGCAGAUCACGAGAAUGGACUUCAUUUCUUUGGCACUAUGUACUCUUUGCGUUAUUGUGAUUUACGCAGUUUCGUCGAUAGUGUAUCAUGAGUAUGUUCUUCGACAGAAACUUAAAAAUAUUCCCCAAACCGGCGGAUAUCCUUUUAUUGGAUUGACAUUUGAGCAAAUAAGACUGUCGGAGUAUGAACGCAUAAUAUGGUUGAUAAAGUUUAUGGAGAAGUCUAAAGAAGGAAUAUUCGUACAGUGGGUUGGAAGAACACCUUUUGUUGUCGUGUACAAACCAGAAUAUUUAGAGGUUAUUCUUUCAAGCACCGUAAAUAUCACAAAAGGGAUUCCUUAUAAUAUUUUAAAAGAAUGGUUGGGCAACGGACUUUUGACUUCUACAGGAAAACAAUGGUUCCACGAUAGAAAACUCAUUGGGCCAACGUUUCAUUUUAGUAUAUUGGAUCAAUUUGCAGUGGUGCUUUCUGAAAAAGCAGAGAUCUUGACAAAGUGUAUCGAAAGAAAAAUAGAGAAAGAUUCUGGGAAAGCCUUCGAUAUCUUUCCCCUUAUUGUCAAUGUUGCUCUUGAUAUUAUCUGCGAAACAGCAAUGGGUGUAAACUUACAUGCUCAAAAAACCACAACCACAUAUGCAUCAGCAACACAAAUAGCAUCCAAGUCAAUAAUAGACCGAGUACUUCAACCGUGGUACUGGAUUAAUUCGUUGUAUUAUUUAAUGCCUGCAGGGAAGAGGUUCAAAUCAGCCCUUGAUGCAUUGCAUGGAUUUACAACAGAGGUGAUAAGUAAGAGAAAGGCUGAACGACGAUUGCAAAACAAUCUUACAUUAGAAGUUGAAAAUGAGAAUGAUGAAUUUGAUAUAGGUAAUCGGAAAAGGAAAGCGUUCCUAGAUUUAUUAUUAGAUCAGAAUGCGAAAGAUAACGCUCCCUUGACAGAUAAUGAAUUGAGAGCGCAAGUUGACACGUUCAUGUUUGCGGGAUACGACACAACUGCAGUUGCGAUGACUUGGACACUUUUUUUGUUGGGUAAUAAUCUCGAGCAUCAGGAGAAAGUUCACGAAGAACUCGAAGAGAUUUUCGGAGAUUCGGAAAAACCAGCCAGUGUGAAGGAGUUGUCGCAAUUAAAAUAUCUCGACAGAGUUAUAAAGGAAACGCUUCGCAUUUUUCCAAGUGUACUUACACUCACGAGAGAACUGGAAGAAGAUGUAAAAUUGGAUAAAUAUACGAUUCCGAAAGGUGUCAAUGUCGCAGUGUCAAUUAUAUUGGCACAUCGAAACUCGGAGAUUUGGCCUGAGCCAACGAAAUUUGAUCCAGAUCGCUUUCUUCCAGAAAAUUCAAAGCAUAGGAAUCCAUACGCCUACGUUCCGUUCAGCGCUGGACCGAGAAAUUGCUUAGGCCAGAAAUUCGCUCUACUCGAAGGGAAAAUCGUGCUGACUGCAAUUUUCAGAAAGUGGAAGGUGAAAAGCGUGAAAACGAUGGACGCGGUUCAGUACGGCAGCUCUUUUAUUUUGCGACCAAUUGAAGAAUUACCCAUGUAUUUCACGCCGAAGAAAUGAACAAUUUGUCAGUAAAUACAAGCUUUUUAUUUUAAAAAAGCAAAUUUUUAUUUAAAAAAUUUAAUUCAAAGAAUUAUAUAUGCAAAUUUUUUUUAGCAAGUUUUUCUGUGUUAUGUAUUGUAUAUGUAAAUAAUGCACAUAUUCUUGCACCUGUGUGAUUGUGCAAAAUUACUAGAAAUCGCUGAAGUGGAAAAUAAAAAUUGCCGCAGUACCUUAUCGGCGCUCACCGCGCGCCGUGCUAGCAACACCGAGCGCGCUUCAAAAGCAGCGCUCCGCUAAGCCAAGCUUUAAACUGUAACGAUAUUUUUCGUCACUUGAUCUUAUGCUAUCCCAAGAUAAAGUGUGUUAAUAUUUUGCUGUUGCUCAGUUUAACCGUUAUCUUUUCAAACGUUCCGUUGCUCGCAGAUCGCGACUUUUCUUCUAUUAGUAUUCUUGGAUUUUGUGAUUUUUUUUCUUAAAGGAAAAUUACACACUUGGCGCGCCUUUUUUACCUUUUUAAAAUGGUAAUUUAGUUUGAAUAUCAUGCAUUUUGUAGAUUAUAUAUCAUUUUAAUUUGCGAUUUUGUGCUGCAAAGUUCCACGAAUAUUACUUUCAACAAAUUAACUUCUCUCGCGUUCUGUUCCAGACGCGGUAGAAACUGCAUGGAUUAUUGUACACCUUGUGAUUUUAUUAAAGACAAAGUUUUGACUAUAA